AAUUCUUUGGAUUGUAGAAAUUCUUAUCCUUCUUAGUGAUCAGAUAAACGCGUUUUCAUUCAGUGACCACGUGAUAUCCGACCUUUUAGUAUUAUCAGUGCCAGCAAAGAAACACAAGUAGCAGCCGCCGUAUAUAUAACGCAUAACGCCAAACCAAACAGAGUCAGAGAACGCCCAAAGCGCUGCUGAAUGGCCGCCACAUUCCCCUCCUCCGACAUCCACGACCUCCGCUCGCCGAUGCUACCAGCGGCGGCGGUGGCGGCGAAGAAGCCGGCGAUGGAGAAGCUCUGCAUCGACGACAUGCUGCAGAAACACUGCGGCGAGUUCGGGCGGUGGCAGCUCAAGCACUUCAUCCUCACCAGCCUCGCGUGGGCGCUCGAGGCCUUUCACACCAUGGUCAUGAUCUUCGCCGACCGCGAACCGGACUGGAAGUGCGUCGCCGGCGCCGCCUGCGACGGCGGCGACUUGUGCGGUCUCUCGCCGGAGUCGAGGGAGUGGAUCGGCGGCCGCGGCGGCUCCACGGUUUCCGAUUGGGGUUUGAUUUGCGGAGAUAAGUUUAAGGUUGGAUUGGUGCAGGCUGUUUUCUUCUUUGGCUGCAUGAUUGGUGCUGGAACAUUUGGCCACCUCUCAGACUCCUCUUUAGGAAGGAAAGGCUCUCUCACAGUGGUUUGUGCCCUAAACACCAUCUUCGGCUGCUUAACAGCCCUGUCCCCAAACUACUGGAUCUACGUCCUCCUCCGCCUCCUCACGGGCUUCAGCAGCGGUGGCGUCGGCCUCACUGCCUUCGUCCUUGCCACCGAACCAAUCGGCCCAACCAAACGUGGUACAGCGGGUAUGUCCACCUUCUACUUCUUCUCCGGUGGCAUUGCACUUCUCUCAGGCAUCGCCUACAUCUUCCAAACAUGGCGCUAUCUAUACAUAGCUUCCUCCAUCCCCUCCUUCCUCUACAUCAUCCUUGUCCUUCCCUUUAUCUCCGAGUCUCCAAGAUGGUACCUCAUUCGUGGCAAAGUUACCGAAGCCAUGAAACUCAUGUCCACCAUUGCUUCUUCCAAUGGUAAACACCUUCCUGAUGGUGUUCUCCUUGCACUUGACAACGAAACAUCGCCCACAACAAACCAAGGUUCAGGCUAUGACAUAACAGAAAUCAUGAAUUACAAAAACGAAAACAAAGAUGCACUCAUUGGGUCCAUCAUAGACGUGGUUUGUUCACCCAUCACUCGUAUGAGGUUGUUCAUUGCGGUGGCUCUUAAUUUCCUAGCCUCUGUGGUGUACUAUGGGCUUAGUUUAAACGUCAUGAACCUGGAAACCAACCUUUACGUGAACGUGAUGCUGAACUCGGUGGCGGAGAUGCCAGCCUUUACGAUAACGGCGGUGCUUCUGGACCGGUUUGGACGGAAGCCAUUGACGGUGGCAACGAUGUGGUUCAGUGGGUUCUUUUGCUUGAUGGGGAGUUUGGUGAGCAACGUUGGGGUGUGGAAGGUGGUGAGAAUGGUGUGUGGUGUUUUGGGGAUAUUUGGGAUGGCGGGGACUUAUAAUUUGCUGUUUAUUUACACGGCGGAGCUGUUUCCGACAGUGGUGAGGAACGCCGCGCUCGGGUGUACUACUCAAGCGGCGCAAAUGGGAGCGAUAUUGGCGCCGUUUGUGGUCGUUUUGGGAGGGUAUUUGCCGUUUGCGGUGUUUGCAGCAUGUGGGAUAGUGGGAGGGAUGUUUGCGUUUAAUCUUCCCGAGACUCUAAACCAACCUCUCUAUGAUACAUUUGGUGGACUGGAAGCUGGACUUGCUUGAUGGUAGUUUCGUAGCUUCUUUUUAUUGAUUGUUUCUGAUCUUUUACAUGUUUAGCUUUGAUCAUUUGAUUGAUGCUUAUGCGUGGAACUUCUCUCCUUUCCUUUGUUUUGUUUUUUGUCAAAUUUUGUAGAGUGGGAAAAUAUUGAUACAUGUUUUCUAAGGAUUUAAAGUUUAAACAACUCCAACCAAGUGUCCAAACAACAAAUCCAAAUUAUUAUCUUUUUC